AUGAGCUCCCCGCCCGGCCUUACCGAUCUGGAUGCCCACGACGGUGAUGGCACCUCCCCCUUUCCAGACCACUACAACGACCCUCAGGACAACCAUGACUCGUUUCUUACCGCCGACGAGACGGUGAGCCCCAGUCCAUCCGAGUCUGCCUCUAUCCCGGACGACACUCCGUCCGUCCGAGGCUCUCUAGCCUCUUCGCUGCCCACUCGUCGUCCCCGCUUGAACCCGCGCGCCUCGACAAACACUCCUCGAACCCCUUCUGGUGCUCUCCAGCCCUUUGAGCGACGCUUCAGCUCUAGAUUCACCUCGCCCUCACCCUCAGCUCGUGCCUCGUCUCCUGCCUUUCUCUCUCCACACUCUCGCCAGUCUUCUCUAUCCUCUCAAAUUGUUUUGUCGCAAGGUGGCAGUGACGUUGCAGACAAUCCUGAUGCUCCUUGGGAGGUCAUACGAUGGACAAGACUACGGAAGAUCACAUCUCAAGCCUUUUCCGAAGCCGGUAGACGCAACUUUGGCCUGCCCGUAUGCCUGGCUGUCUCCUCGUCCAUCACCAUUGGCACCUCCAAAGGUCUGAUCCUGGUCUUUGACUACCACCAGACUCUUAAAGGUAUUAUUGGUCAAGGCACAACGGCAAUCGAGUGCGGUGCCAUUACUUCUCUCGCCAUCUCCGCAGACUACUCUGCCAUUGCCGCUGGACAUGCUACUGGUCAUAUCUUCACCUGGGAGCUUUCACGUCCUGCUAAGCCCUUCCUCCACAUCCCGCCUGUAGUCAGAGAUGGUCAACCCCACUCUCCAGAUGGCCAUGUGCCAGGUCGUUCAGUCUUGCAUAUUGGUUUCCUCGGUACGCGGCGCACCGCUUUGGUUUCUGCAGAUGACGGUGGCAUGGCCUUCUCCCAUCUUGCGACUCGCGGCAUGGGUGCAAUCUCCCGCUCUGUCAAGACGACCCGCUUGCUCGGACGCUAUCCUAUCGCGAAUGUACAAGAGGAAGUCAGAAUAAAGCCUAGCACGGUGCUUGCAUUUGCGCCACUCCCUCUGGGCAACGUAGAGCAAGCUACAGACGUCAUGGGUCUCACAGCUCUACUGACUCCAUACUUGCUUGUCAUCGUGUCCACCACUCCUGUUGCCCAAACACAACACAAGGCUCCAAGGCCGAAGUCUAUCUCGCGCCAUAGUGCCAUGAGUGGAUGUCUAGCCUGGUUCCCAGCUGUCAGGUUAAAAAACAGCAACACAACCGCAGAGCGCGAUACCUCUGAAACCAAACUCGUAUAUUGUUGGUCAAAUGUUCUGACUGUGCUCGACGUCGAGGUCCAGGGAUCACAAGACCCGGCGGAUAAGGAGAAACCUCCAACGUUGUUCUUCCAUUCGCGGAGUACCUGGGAGUGCGAAGAAGCCAUUGUUGCAGUCCAAUGGUUGAGCCGUUCAGUCAUCGGCGUGCUCACAAUCAGUCAGCAAAUGAUCAUCAUAGAAGAUGGUGAGAUGCAUGUCAUGGACUCCGUGGACCUUCUCCAUCGACACAUUCAUCAUCAUGAUAUCUUCUCGAAGCAGCUGCAUCCUGUGGUUGAGCAAGCCGAUAAUGAGCAUUCAGAAUUGCACGGAGUGAUUGCCGACGCUUUCUAUCAGAGUUUCCGAGUCUACAAGAACCGCCUUUUUCUGCUGGGAGCAAGUGAUCUCUCAGUCGGCACACUGUCGAACUGGGCGGAUCGCUUGACUGCUCUGAUCGAGCACGGCGAUUACAUUGCGGCGAUUCAGCUUGCUAGAGCCUACUACACUGGGCAAGCGGGCGGUAUUACAGUAGGCUUGCCAGACAACGAACAUGCUCGACAUGAACUGGUUAAUGGAAGGUUACUUGAACUCAUGUCUGCAUCCAUAUUGUUCUCGUUCUCUGAAAACAAUAGCAGUGGGCGACCGCUUUCCGAUCUAGUGGCUGAGUGCUUUGAUGCCUGCGUGAGCAUGAACAAUCAGAGCUUUUUAUUCGACGAAGUCUACGAGCCGCUGAGAGAUGCUGGCCAGAGAGACGUAUUCCUCGAGAUCCUGCAAUUAUACAUUAUGGAUGAGGAGGUUACAUCCCUGCCCCCGCCGCUAGUCAAAGACCUCGUGGAGUGCUGCAUCUCGAAGAGACAGGUCGCUCACCUAGAAGAGCUUCUAUGCCGACUAGAUCCACGCACUUUCGAUCUGGACCAGAUCACGACUCUUUGCAAAACACACUAUCUCUACGAUGCAUUGACAUUUGUCUGGAACGAAGCAUUGAACGACUAUGUCACCCCGUUGUCUGACCUCCUAGCACUCUUACGCGAUGUCAAAGACAUACAGGACGAGGCUGAGGAGGUAGCGUUGGAAUCGGCCGUAAAAGUCUUCCCAUACCUCGCAUUCAUUUUGACAGGAAGGAAGUACCCUCAAGGUGACUUCCUGGACGACGAAAAAGCGGACACUCAAAAGGGGAAUAUCUACCGAUAUCUCUUCUCUCACGAGCCUACAGGGUGGCCGCCGGGCUCUUCGUUUAUCCUUAGAACGCGACCGAACCACGCCGACGAACCUGCUUUCCCAUACUUGCGUCUCUUACUCGAGUACGACUCGGCUAGCUUUAUGAGCAUGAUGACCGAGGCUUUUGAAGACUCCUAUCUCAAUGAAGCACAAGAUGAUGAACCUGCCGUCGCUCAACCACGAUCCAAUGGUACAGGCCUGAAGAUCACUCGACAGUAUAUUGUCAGUGUCCUGCUUGAUAUUAUGUCAUCAGAUGAAUUCGUGCCUGAGCAGACCAUCUACCUUGAUAUGUUUAUUGCUAGAAACUUGCCGAAGUAUCCUCAAUUCAUGGUACUGUCAAGCUCAUCGUUACAUCAAGUCCUUGAUCGUCUCUGCAGCUUUCGCGAAGAUGAUCUGGUGGACGAUUGCCAGCUCAGCGCGGAAUAUCUUCUAUCCGUUUACCACCCUCCGGUCACCGACGCGCUUAUCAACCAGCUUCGGGAUGCCGAAUUCUACCGCGUGCUCAAGACAUUGUAUAGAGGCGAGCACCGACCUGUAGAUCUCAUCAAUACAUACUUCGAGGACCCCAAGGGAAAGACUGCUAUCUUCGACGACCUUGCAUAUGCUCUCCAAGAAUCGCCGGAGAAGCAGACGACUCAACUGAAGGAGCUUUUGUGUGAGCAUGCUCAAGAGUUGGCAGCCAUCAACACAUCGAAGACUGCGCAGACACUUGCGAGAUAUACUGAUGACAUCCUUGAACGUUUCACCGACGGCAUUGGAGAAUCAUAUACACGCUUCCACUUCUUGCGCACUCUGCUCGAGCCGUCAUUACUUGACCAUCGUUCCAGGAAAGCCGUCAAUGAGUCUGUUUCUGAAGGCUUGGUAUCACGUUUCUGUGAGCAGUAUGUCGAGCUCAUGUGUAUCCAUGAUCCACGACACGUAGCUGAUUAUGUCGGUCUCUUGAAGUCUGGCGACCUCGAUCUUGAUCGUGUGCUUCCUUCGAUGGAGGAGAAUGGUGUUGUCGAUGCUGCAGUCUUACUCAUGGCUCAAGACGGAUUGGCCAGAGAUGCUAUAGACCGUCUCUGCAAGCAUUUGAAAACGCUACAGAAUGCAAUCUGCAGUAUAGUACAAGCAGCGUCAGAUGCGCCAGAUAUGCAAAGCACAGAAGAGGCCACUGAUGAUCUUGUGGAUGCCAUUGAGAAAUAUACACGUCUGGGCAUCUGGCUCUGCAACGGGCAAAGCGCUGCAAUGAACCACAAUCGCCAUCCACGCCAACGCACAAACAUGGCAUGGGAAGUCAAAGAAGAUGACCUCGAGCUAGACGAACUGCUUUGGCUAAACCUCAUUGACGCCAUCGUCUCAGUCUCCAAGUCCGUGUCUGCAGAAACCAACAACCUCAUCGACGACACCACCUUCGACAUUGACAAAACCAAUAACGUCCUACGCAGCACCGUCCAACAAACCUUUACAGCCCUCCUCAGCGCCACCUCUUCCACACCCCCAGAUCCCUCCAACAACUUUGACGCCACAACUCGUCGAAAUCAGCACAAUCAAUCCUUUCUCUACAUUUUCCGCGCCUUUCUCUCCCGCGCAUCUUCCUCCUACGCACCCACCCUCUCCGAUCUCCGCGCCGUCCUUUUGGACAUCUUUGCAGCAUAUGCUCAUGAAUCUUCCGUUCUGAAUCUCGCUUCUUCAUUGCUGGAUAUAGAUGUCUUUGCCGAUAUGGACAGUAUCCACAAUCUACGAACCACUGGCUGGCGACCCCGCACCCAAUUCUGCGAAGUCUGCAAGAGACGCACCUGGGGUACUGGAAUUUCUGGUGUAGUGGAAGGGGAUGCAGAAGUCAUUUGGGAGGAAUUUGAAUACAUGCAAGAGCAGAGGCGGCAGAGGAAAAUGCAGAAAUUAAUGUCGGUGGUGGACAAUGGGAAGGGGAAAGAAUCUGUAGGGGUUGGGGAGGGAGGAGGGGUGGAGAGGGGAAAGCGGAGGGAGGAGGUUGUUGGGGAAUUGGCAUUGGUGGUUUUUGCGUGUAGACAUUGUGUGCAUAGGAUUUGCUUGGAGGAGGAAUUGGCGAGGAGGGGGGAUGAGGAUGGAGGGGGCUAUUAUUGUCCUGUUUGUCAUGAGGAGGGGGGUUGA